AUGAGCUCCCACGCGUGCGCGCGGCCAACCCGCGCGACGAUCGCGGUCGCGCCUCGCCUAGGACGGCGCGCGUCCGCACCCCGCAUCGCUCGCGCGCAUCGUUCCACCCGGCCCCGGGCGACGUCGACGUCGGCGGGUUCCACGUCCUCCUCCUCCGAUGCGGACGCGUCCCGCGCGCCUUACGUCGGCCCGCCCCGCGUCGUCAUCCUCGGCGGCGGAUUCGGCGGGCUCUACACCGCGCUCAAGCUCGACGCGCUCACCUGGCCGGACGCGUCGAAGCGCCCGGUCGUCACCCUCGUCGAUCGAGCCGAGCGCUUCGUGUUCAAGCCCAUGCUGUACGAACUCGUCAACGAGACCAUGAGCGACUGGGAAGUGGCGCCCGCGUUCGAGGACCUCCUGAAGCCCACGUCCGUGCGCUACGUCCGCGGCGACGUCGCCGCCGUGCGCACGGGCGACGCGGUGCCGUUCGCGGACGGCAGCACCGGGUCCUCGGGGGGCGGAACGAUCGAGCUCGCGUCGGGUGAAACCGUCGAGUACGAUUGGCUCGUCGUCGCCGUCGGAACCGCGAGCGCGGACGCCAAGUGCCCGGGGUCCAAAGACUUUGCCAUCCCGCUGAGCACGCUGGAAGACGCGAGGAGGCUGGCGGGGGCGAUGAGGGACGUGGAGGCGGCGUUCGAGACGGAUCGGGCGGCAGGAUCCGGGGCGAGGUCGCGGAAGGUGGCCGUCGUCGGCGGCGGGCUCUCCGGCGUCGAGCUCGCGGGCGUCGUCGCCGAGAGGCUCGCGGGCAAGGCGAGCAUCGAGCUGUUCGCGUCCGGGGCUGGGAUCAUGCCGGAGUCGCCGCCGGGCCAGCGCGACGCGGCGAGGAGGCGAUUGGACGCCGCGGGGGUGACCACUCGCGCGGGCACGCGCGCGAUUAAAAUCUCCGAACCGUCGUCUGGGGUGCCGUCUGGGGUGCCGUCUGGGGUGCCGUCAUCCCCGGACGCGCGCCUCCCCUCCGCGGCGUCGCUGACGUACGCGCAGGGCGACUUCGAUUCGCGGACGGAGGACUACGACGUCGUGUGCUGGGCGGUUGGGCAACGCGUGGAGGCGCCCGAGUCGUGGCCGUUCCCGCGGGAUCGUCGCACGAACAAGAUCGUCACGGAGCGGACGCUGCGGGUGAGGGGCCACGGCCGGGUGUUCGCCGUGGGGGACGUCGCCAGGGUUUGGGAUUCCACGAGCGCGGGGUUGCCGGAAGGUGGCGACGCGCCGAAUACCUUCCAGAAUGCCGCGGCGCCCCCGCCGGAUAGGUUUGACGUCCUCCCAGCCACCGCGCAGGUUGCGUUCCAGCAAGCCGACUACGCCGCAUGGAACGUGUGGUCCUCGCUGUCCUCUCGCCCGUUGCUGCCGUUCAAGUACCAACACAUCGGCGACAUGAUGGUGCUCGGGAAGACGGACGCGGCGGUGGCGCUGCCGGUCGGUGACGCCACGCUGGACGGGCCGCUCGCCGCGGCGCUGAGAAGGGCGGCGUACCUCUACAGGAUGCCGACGAACGAGCACAGGGCGAAGCUGGCGACGAGCUGGCUGGAGCAGGGCGCGGAGUUGGCGGCGAAGGAGGCGCCGGGGAUACUCAAGUCGCUGGGCGUGCCCUUGCCGGCCUUUCUCGCGCCGAACAACAACCGGCCUUGA